AUGGUCACAGAAAUCACUUCAGCUGAUCAAUUCAAUCAAGUUCUUACUCAAAGACAAUUAGUUGUCGCUUACUUCUAUGGUCAAUGGACCGCUUCAUGGAAAGUUUUGUCUGAUGAAUUAGAAAAAUUUGAAAACCGUUUUACAGCUGAAUGUCAUGAUAUUGAAUUUUUAAAAUUAGAUGUUGGUAUUGAUGAAUUCGAGUCAGUUCUUCAAGAACAAGGAAUUAGAGGUGUACCAUCUAUUUUCUUUUACGCAGAUGGUGAACAGGUUGAUAAAGCUAAUAAUGUUGUUGAUCCAGAGUAUAUUGAAAAAAAAAUUAGCAACUUUGUUAAUGAAUAUAAAUUUAAUUAUCAAAGUAAUUAA